UAACAUUAAUAAAAAGUUCAGUAAAACGUUACUGUUUGCUCCUCUCUUUCUCUCUCUUGCUAUGAGGUUUAAGUUAAACCCUAGUCCCAAGUUCCGGGCGUUCUUCAUUCAUCAAUCUACUUCUGUGGCUCUGGCCCGAUUGCUUGUUAAAUCCAGGUAUGCUUUUCAAAACCCACUCCAUCCAUACACAUUUUCAUAAUUCUCUUGUAAACCCUAAAAUCAACUUCCAAAUCAAAUCCAUUUCGAGCCUCAAAGUGGUGUGGCGCAGGGACCAAAAACUAGAUUUUGCUAUAGAGAAAGAUAAGCGGUACAAAGUCUGCGCACGAGUCGUCAAGGAGGUUCUAAACGAACCCGGUCAAGUUAUACCGCUCCGAUACCUCGAGAAAAGGCGCGAGAGGUUACGCCUCAAUUUCAGAGUUAAAACUUUUAUCAAUCAAAAUCCAGGCCUUUUCGAUACUUAUUAUGAUAAAAUCAAACCCAAAUCUGAACCUGUCCUGUUUUUGCGCGUUAGUGAUCGGUUAAGGAAUUUUCUUGAAGAAGAGAAGGGGAUUCAAUUGGAAAAUGAGGGGUUUAUUGUUACCAAAUUGUGUAAAUUGCUGAUGAUGGCCAAGGAUAAGGUACUUAGUGCGGAUAAAUUGGUUCAUGUGAAGAGAGAAUUUGGUUUACCUAAUGAUUUUUUGGUUAAUUUGGUGCCCAAGUAUCCACAUUAUUUUAGGCUUAUAGGAUGUCCAGGUGAGGGGAAGUCGUUUCUGGAGUUGGUUGAGUGGAACCCUGAGCUUGCUAAAUCAGUUCUUGAGCAAAGAGCUGAAGAGGAGUCUCGGUUAACAGGGAUUCGAGUUAGGCCUAAUUUCAAUUAUAAACUUCCACCAGGGUUUUUUCUCAGGAAGGAAAUGAGGGAGUGGGUUAGGGAUUGGUUAGAACUUGAUUACAUUUCACCAUAUGCCGACGUGUCACACUUGGAUCAAGCCUCACCAGAAAUGGAAAAGAGGACUGUUGGGGUUUUCCAUGAGUUGUUAUCACUCUCACUCUUUAAGAGGAUUCCAGUGCCGAUACUGGGGAAGUUUAGCGAAGAGUAUAGGUUUUCCAAUCAAUUUUCAAGUGUGUUCACCAGGCAUUCCGGAAUAUUUUACAUGUCAUUGAAAGGGGGGAUUAAGACUGCAAUGCUAAGGGAAGCUUAUAAGGAUAGUGAAUUGAUGGAUAGGGAUCCAUUGCAUAAAAUCAAGGAUAGGUUUGUUCAGUUGUUGGAAGAGGGAUGGAAAGAGAGAGCAGAGCAGCUCAAGUCAAAAAGGGAAGUGAUGGUAAAGAACACGGAAAUGAUGACGAUAACGAAAUGGGACCUGGAUGAACAAGAGAGCAGUGAGCAAUCAACCGGACAAAAGUUAGACAAAUAACUGGAAAUGAUGGCAAUAACGAAAUGGGAACCUGGAUGGGCAAGGAAGCAGUGGGGAGUCGUAUGGGCUAGAGUUCAAGUAACAGCUGCGAAUUUGCAAGUUAAUUGUAUCAUUGGAAAUUAAUAAAUACUUAAUGAUAAGGAACACUUUAACCUGACUUAGUUGUGGAGCUGCAUAUACUGCCUGAUUUUUUGAAGAUAUGCAUUGUAUGUUUGGCAUUAGAUGUGCUGGCCAGAGGUUUUUGUGUAAAUCCAUGCCUCUCAUGCAAUAAGAUUUGGUUUUCUGGUUAUAUAUGUAGGGCACGGAUGUAACGUUGUUGUAUAAUCAAUGAUAAAAAUUAAAAAAAGCCCAUUGUCUUCGUUAUUUUAUUUAGAUAUGUCUAAUUUGAUGCA